AAAAAUAUCGAUAUACCUCCCAAAAAAAAAAAAAAAACUUUCUCUCACUCUCAGUUCACCAAGCUCAGUGAGUCGGAAAGCGAAUCAGUGCAGUAAUGGAGUCGUCUCUGCGAGUUCGAAGAUUGAACGAAGUUCCUUCGGCCACAGACUUCGCGUCUCGGAUCGAAUCCGAGAACGUUCCCGCCGUUUUCAGCGGCUGCGUCAAAGAUUGGAAAGCUUUCUCCAAUUGGAAUCCAUGUAAUGGCGGUCUCGAUUAUUUGCAGGAACGAGUCGGAUUGUGUGUUGUGGAAGCUAUGCUAUCUGAUUCAGCACCUGUAUUCAAUGGUGAUAUUAGAAGCCAUGAGAGGGUACCGCUGCAAUUUUCUGCAUUCAUUGGUCUAUGUAAGAAACACAUGCAUCAUUCGGAGGAUGGUUCCGGUGCUGAAUCAGAUCGGCAAGGGCUACUGGAGUCUUCAUCUGAGUAUGACAGUAAGCCCUAUGAGGAUGCUCCUCAACAAAUCUAUUUAGCACAGAUCCCAAUAAUCAAUACUGAAACUGAAGAGAGGGUUCAACUAGGAUCUUUGAGGGAGGAUAUCCAAACGCCUGUAUUUUUGGAGGACAAAGUACUAGUUUCUAUCAACUUGUGGAUGAACAAUGCUCAAGCUAGAUCAAGUACUCACUAUGAUCCACACCAUAACCUUCUCUGCGUAGUCUCUGGCCGCAAACAAGUGGUUUUAUGGCCUCCUUCAGCAAGUCCUAUGUUAUACCCUAUGCCAAUAUAUGGGGAGGCAUCAAAUCACAGUUCUGUUCCUUUAGAGAACCCAAACUUUUCAAAUUAUCCAAGAGCACAAUGUUUAAUGCAGCACUCGCAGAAGCUUAUUCUUCAGCCAGGUGACGCCCUUUUCAUUCCUGAAGGCUGGUUCCACCAGGUGGAUAGUGAUGAUCUGACCAUUGCUGUGAACUUUUGGUGGCGGUCCAAUGUAGCGUUAAACAUGUCAGAACACAUGGAUGCAUAUUAUCUGCGCAUAAUAUUAAGAAGACUGACAGAUAGAGAAAUGACAGGACCGAGUGCUGCCUGUACCUCUCUCUCUCCCUCACACAAACACACACAUUGGUGGACAUUCUUAUUUGACCGAGUGCUGCCCGUACCUUCUUUAUCUGAAAUGGAGAACAUGAAGAGGCAUACUGGUAUAGUGCUUAAAAAAGGACAAGUAGAUCACAAUGACAAUGCUUUGGAUCAGGCAUGUGAGAGAAAGGAUCUUAAAGGGAAGGAAGUAGAACAAAGAUUUAUGUCACAUGUACUGGAGCCCCUUGCCGUCCCUGCUCUUCAUGAACUUAUUUCUUUAGUUCAUGGUCAUGUUAAUGCUGCUGAGCAAAGACAACCAGUGCAAUCCGCUUCAACAACUGCUUCUGCAGCUAAUGUGAAAGAUGAAUGCAUCAAAGUCGUGAGACAGAGUUCGUUUAGCUUGGAAGAUGAUCCAGUUGCUAAAAUCUUUUGGACUCUUCACCCCAUCACUUUGAAAAAUGUAUUUCUUGCCAUGGUGAAAAAUUUUCCAAGAACUUUGGAGGCUUUAAUACUGCACUUGCUUUCACCAGUGGGAGCAGAAGUGCUUACCCGCAAAUUUGAAGGAAUGGAUCAACUGAUCACCGAGGAAGAACGGAACAAUUUCUACAAGGCUUUCUAUGGGGCAUUUGACGACCAAUUCGCAGCAAUGGAUGCAAUUUUGAAUGGGAAAGAAGUAUUUGCACAACAGGCAUACAAGAACGUAUUGGAUAAGUAUUUGGGAGUAGACUGGAGUGGGCCGAAACCCGGGGUCUGAUGAAACUUCAAAGAAAUUGGUCCCCGGCAGUAUCUUGAGGGGAGGAAAUCGAUGCAUAUUCAUUUACCGAAACCUUUCUUUUUGCUUGAAUUCUCAACCGUGCUUUACAAGUGUUCAUUUACAGGCACCUAGAAUUCAUGUCAUCACUAACUUUAAGCAUAUGAGUGUAUGAUUGGUUGUGCAUUCUUUCUAUGUAGUUAUAUGCUCUGCAACUUUUACUUGGUCUGAUAUGUUCUGUGUUUUAUAACAGCUUUUGAGAUAAUAUGUUUUGUUA